AUGUCAUCCUUAUUUGUGUUGUUUUGCUUAAUUAAGACCAUUAUAGGAAAUAAUAAAUUUGUAUCUGGAAGCACCUUGUAUCGAAUAAAAGAUACUGAGAAAGCUUUUAGAGAAAUUAUUUAUAAAGGCUUUACUGGAUCUUCUGAAACAUUAAUUAAAGAAUUCAAGAGCAACUUCAUUAUACUUAUGAUUGGACAGUAUGUUUAUAAUAAAAAUGUAAAAUAUGUUAAUUAUACUUAUUCAAUCUCGUACUUUCUAGAUGAUUUAACUAUUAAGGCUGAGAAUUUUCCUUAUUCUUAUCUGCUAUUGAUUUAUUUUGCUCUUGCCAUGACUAAUUCUUACCAAACUAAUGAUGAGAAUGGUUGGUAUAAUUCUCUUAAAGAGAAUCUAAAAAAGACAGUUAUAUUAGUAAUUGAAAGAUUCAAGAUCAGUUUAUAUAAAAAAACACCUCAUAUUAUUGUAUCGGAUAUUGAGUGGAACUAUGCAGAAAACAAUAGCAAAUCUCAAGCUUCAUCUUCUUCCAAUAAUAGAAAAUCAAAACCCUGUGGAGAUUUGGAUGACCAACUUGAACUUAUAGAAGAGAAGUAUGCGAAAAUAGAAGCUCAGUCUUCAAAAAAAAGAAAAUUUAGUAAUUUCACUCCACAAGCAAACCCGCUAAAAGAUAAUUUAUCAUCUACUAAUUUCAAGGACACAGUCAUGCAAAUUAGAACUAGUAAACCUGCUGCACAAGAAAACUCUACUAAACCUGCUAUGCAAGAAAACUUUACUGAAUCUGCUGUGCAAGAAAACUUUGAUGAAAUGAUUAAUA